UCCAGCACUGUAAACAUGAUUUGCUCCUUUUUGGCAGGGUUGCAUGGCACACGUCAAGAAGAAAUGAUUGAUCACAGACUAACAGACAGAGAAUGGGCAGAAGAGUGGAAACACCUUGACCAUCUGUUAAACUGUAUAAUGGACAUGGUGGAAAAAACUAGGCGAUCUCUCACUGUACUUCGGCGAUGUCAAGAAGCAGACCGUGAGGAGCUUAAUUACUGGAUACGGCGGUACAGUGAUGCAGAAGAUUUAAAAAAAGGUGGUAACAGCAGCAGCAGUCAUUCCAGACAGCAGAGUCCAGUGAAUCCAGAUCCAGUUACAUUAGAAUCGCAUCGGGAAUUCCUUCACAGGCCUGCAUCUGGAUACGUGCCAGAGGAGAUCUGGAAGAAAGCUGGUAAGAACUGUUUAAAAACAAGAGCUUGGUAUUCUGGCAGCUGUGUGCAGUUGUUAACACACUGAUGUGAGGAAUAAAAA